CUCCAGGCCAUUUGGUGGCGCUGCUAAAUCUUGCCCAGCCGCAGUCCACCGUAAUCCCCUCCGAGACAAAGAUGUCUGAUUCGUUUCCUUUGUUGUGAUAUCGAAAAAAACGUAGUCUUACUUAAAAUCUCAGCUUCUGGAUUAAGAAAUCAAGCAGUUGUCGUCUGUCGGUAUUGAUCAGCCGUAAAAAUGAGUGGCGGAGUCUACGGAGGAGAUGAAGUUGGAGCUCUUGUCUUUGAUAUGGGCUCGUAUUCAGUGAGAGCUGGAUAUGCAGGAGAGGAUUGUCCCAAGGCUGAUUUUCCUACUGUGAUUGGUGUGACUCUGGACCGGGAAGAUGGCAGUACACCGAUGGAGACAGAUGGGGAGAAAGGAAAGCAAAGCGGAACCACCUACUUCAUUGACACCAACCAGCUCAGGGUUCCUAGAGAAAGCAUGGAGGUCAUGUCACCUCUCAAAAAUGGGAUGAUUGAGGACUGGGACAGUUUUCAAGCCAUUUUAGAUCAUACCUACAAAAUGCACUUCAAGUCACAGCCCGGUCUGCAUCCAGUCCUGAUGUCAGAGGCCUCGUGGAACACACGAGCGAAAAGAGAGAAGCUGACGGAGCUGAUGUUUGAGCAUUACAACAUUCCCGCUUUCUUCUUGUGUAAAUCAGCUGUGCUGUCAGCGUUUGCCAAUGGACGAUCCACAGGCUUAGUGUUAGAUAGCGGAGCAACACAUACUACUGCUAUUCCAGUGCAUGAUGGUUAUGUCCUACAACAAGGCAUCGUAAAGUCUCCUCUUGCUGGUGACUUCAUGAGUAUGCAAUGUAGAGAGCUGUUUCAAGAGUUAGGUGUUGAAAUAGUGCCUCCUUAUAUGAUUGCAUCAAAGGUAAGGCCUUUUGAAGGUUAUGAUUCUCAGUUGAUAAAAAUGUUUGAAUCAAAUAAUUUCAUUAUGUUUUCAUUAAAGGAUUCAGUUCGUGAAGGCACUCCUGCUAGUUGGAAGAAAAAGGAGAAACUACCUCAAGUUACCCGAUCAUGGCAUAACUAUAUGUGUAAUACCGUCAUCCAGGAUUUUCAGGCCUCUGUGCUUCAGGUGUCAGAUUCACCCUAUGAUGAACAAGUGGCUGCCCAGAUGCCCACUGUUCACUAUGAGCUGCCUAAUGGCUACAACUGUGACUUUGGAGCGGAAAGACUUAAGAUUCCUGAGGGUCUUUUUGACCCUUCAAAUGCUAAGGGUCUAUCAGGGAACACCAUGUUAGGAGUCGGCCAUGUUGUGACCACCAGCGUUGGCAUGUGUGACAUUGACAUUCGACCGGGUCUGUAUGGCAGUGUGGUAGUUACAGGAGGAAAUACCCUCAUUCAAGGCUUUACAGACAGACUUAACAGAGAACUCUCGCAGAAGACACCACCUAGCAUGCGUCUUAAGCUAAUAGCCAAUAACACAACUGUGGAGCGCCGAUUUAGCGCCUGGAUUGGAGGAUCCAUCCUUGCAUCCCUGGGAACUUUCCAACAAAUGUGGAUUUCAAAACAGGAGUAUGAAGAAGGUGGCAAACAGUGUGUUGACAGGAAGUGCCCUUAACACGUUCCUUCAACAGCUGGUUGCCUUCAGAAAAUGAAAUCAAAAUAAAUAACACCUCCACCUAGUAGAAAAAGCCUUGUUAGUGGACUCAGGAACUAAGGACACUUGCUGUUAUUUUUAGUGCAAACAAACCAUAUUUUAAACAGUUUAACAUGGUUGCACUCUUUUCUACUCUACACAAUAUUUUCAUAUCCAGUUUGGCAACACAAACUUUUCCGACCACCUAAUUCAUUUCAGAGUAACAGUGACAAGGUUAUGGGGAUAUGCGAAACCUCAAUUCUAUGUUUAGGACAGUUACUGUUUUUUUUUAUUUUAUUUUUUUUAUUUACACCACUUUGUCACUUUCUAGAAAAUGGAUCACAGAAAACAAAUGUUUGUUAUGCUUUUAACAACUGGAUCAACUGAUUGAGGAAUAAAAUUGUUUUUGUUAAACUGGUC